GUGGUCUUUACAGGUGUGGUCAAUGAACAACAACCAUCUAUCGCCGUGCGCUUGUCAGUUGACACAAAAAGUUUAUUCGUGGUUUCUGUUUUGUUUGUAUUUACACGUUUUUAAACGCAACGCUUACAACAUUUGUGAGAAAUAUAGUUUUCAUAUAAAGUGCAGUACCUAAUUAAGUACCAGUUAAGAAAAACAUUGUGAAAACUGUUGAUGACUCAAUGGGUGACUCUAUGGAGGAGGUAAAGAAGCGUUCUCUGGCUGGACAUGUCGCCAUAGGCUUUUUCGUAGUUGCUUUUGUAACAAUAUUUGUUGCCUUUGCCACUCCAAGCUGGCUAGUGUCAGACUACAGGAUAACAGGUGCUCGAUUAGAUCGUUUGGGGUUAUGGGUCCAUUGUUUCAGAUCACUGCAAGAUCCAUACCACCAAGAUCAAGCAUAUAAACGUUUUUUUGUCGGCUGCAGGUGGAUUUACGAUCCCUUCACAACAGGAUAUGAUAAAAUACGAGGAUUUCUAAUACCCGAUUUUAUGAUAGCCACUCAAUUCUUUUUUACAAUUUGUUUUAUAUGCAUUCUAAUUGCAGCCAUUAUAACAUUGAUUUACUUUUUAUGUUGUGGACCAGAUCAACAACAUUUCAUAAUACUCAUAAUAAUCAACUCUUGGAUUCUACUGAUAGGAGGAAUAACGGGGGGUAUAGCGGUAAUCGUAUUUGCAGCAUUGGGAAACAGAAAUGGUUGGAUGCCUGGCCAUGAAAAUAAUUUCUUUGGCUGGUCAUUUGCGUUGGCUUGUAUUGGUGUAAUUGCGUGUUUGGUAGCUUCGACGCUAUUUUUUGUGGAUGGUCAUAUUCAAAAAAAGAAAAAAAGAAGACUUACAGAAUCCCAAAGCAGGUUCGAAAUGGAACCUGAACAUAAAGGCUGGUAACCAUCUUUUUUAUUUUAGACGAUUGUUCACAUUUUAUAUGACUUUAUCAUUGUUGAACUUAUUAUCAACUUUAACACUACAUUAUUCUAGGUUGAUACUAUUUUUUUAAAGGAAAAAUAUAAACCAUAUAUACAUAUAUAUAUAUAUAUAUAUAUAUAUAUAUAUAUAUAUAUAUAUAUAUAUAUAUAUAUAUAUAUAUAUAUAUAUAUAUAUAUAUAUAUAUAUAUAUAUACGAGGAGUGAUCUCAAAAAGGUUGACUGAAAUCUAAAAACUGUAUUAUACCUUCUUCAUUCAGUUUUCUUGGACUAUUUCUGAAACGUGCAGUUCCUUAAUUCCUUAUAAUCCUUCAAUAAAUAAUUCAUAACAUUUCCUGGCUUCCUGCUCUAUCCAGUAUACUAAUUGCACGAGAUUCUGUGUUUCUUCACAGACCUACAAUAAUCAUCGGCGAUGUUGGUCUAGUCUGAGAAUAUUGUUGACAAAUUUUACCGUCAUAGUGUGUAACUUUAAAUUUCUUUGACGUUGGUGAUCUAGGGUGUGUCCACUGUUAGGCAAGGAGGAAAUUGGGACAUGUAUAGAACGUUUGAGGUACCUUGACACGAGAGACACGACUCAUACAUGCUAUACGUACUGCUUAGUGAUCCGCAUAUUGAGCCACGCGUUUUCGAAGAGGAAACGGUGGGGUUUGGUGUUGAUUGGCAGUUCGCGACUAGCUGGCAUAAAAAAUGUCUGAUAUUUUUGUUGUUAUUGAACUUAAGUUCUGAAUCAGAAUCGGAUGAUGCUGAGGAGGAAAUAUUGUUUUAUUCCUUGACGAGGAAGAAAUUCAAAUCACCUAAUGAAUCUAUUCUAACGAAGAGAAAAAACUGGAAAAUUUAUAAUUACAACUAAAAUUAGUGAUACUGAUUUUGCUAAUUAUUUCUGAAUGAAUCGAAACCAGUCUGCUCUCUGUGUUCCCCUACCGCCUCUAUUAAUUUUUCUUCUGUCAUUUUUUCGUAAAAAAUUAAGGAAAGACUUGCUAGUCACCAACACAUGUGGCAAACUGUGUCUGAACUACAGCGGGGCACGUCUGUGAGCUCGCGCUGCAUCAUCAAUUUGCGUCAAUGUCAAUCUUGUAGGUUACAAAACUACGUGCUGUGCAGCGUCACCUCACACAUGCUAUACGCGUCCCGAUUUGUGUCUGACCUUUUAUUUUUGAGGACGUGUUGAGGUAUCAUCCCCUGUAAUGAUGUGAUCGAUGAAAUGUUGUCAUAACAGCAACCCAAAGAAGGACAUUAUGCUGCACGUUAGCAUAACUCAGUCCUGCUCUGACGAAAUUUCACGCAAAAUUCUCCAUAAAUCAUUUUACAUGAUCACAAAAUCUACGAUUUGACUGUGAAUAUCAGAAGCGGGUAUACUACCAUAAGCGACCAAUAUUUGAACGUCUUUUCAUUUCAUUCUCUUAGAAACGAGUGGAAACUUUUACUACUUACCUGUGUACCAACUGUGCGACAAGUACAAGCAUCUGUCUCUACUCUAGGGAAACAAAAUUUCUCUACAAUAAGUAGUCUUCAGAUACAGAGGAUUUUAAUUUUUUCAUGAUAAUUCCUCGUAUAUAUUUAUAUAAAUACGAAAAAUAAAUGUGGAUUAAAGGACGAUACAAAUAAUUUUGUAUUAUUGGUAGAACUAAUCGGUUUAUUAAAAUUUUAGAAGUCGUGAAAUGUCUUCCAAGCGAAUACACGAAUUAACGUUUAAAAUAAAUCAAUAGAACUGUGGUGGAUUUACUAGAGGAACAAGAUAAAAAAUUUCUUCAAAUCUACCUUGGUACUUCUAUUUUUCUCGUAGCAAGCCAUAGUUCCUCUUUAUUUCAAAUUGAGCAAAACUGAACGCGGCUGCUUGUUACAAACGAGAUACUUGGUUUUGUAAUGUCAAUUCUGUCUACUUAUCUUCACAAUUCUUUUCGACAGUUUCUGAUUUUCACCCUAUAAAUUGUUUAUAUUGUUCUUGAAACGAAUUUUCGAUCAAUCAUAUGAAUACGUAAAAUUUAAUAGUGAUACCAUUCACUAAAUUUUAGCACGUUUUUCGUUGGAUAUUUAAUCAUUGCUAUAAAAAAUGGGGAUUCAUUCGCAGUUGUGCUCAACAAUCAUAAAAAAUAUAAAUAUUAACAUUUACUGACUGUAGUUAUUUACUUCACCUCAUAAUGCUAUAAAACACCAAUGUGGCAUGUAUAACAUACAAGUUUUCAUCUAUCAUUGUAUAAAUUUACCUUCAAUAUAAUUAUUUUAAUAUUAAAAACAAAUAGCGACGAAGUUUACAUUUAAUUAGACUAAUUCCAAAGUCAUUUAUGCUAAAAAUACUUGCGUUAAUAUCAUCAAGGUAGGUUUGAAGAACAAAGACAUAUCUCGAAACGUUAUAAGGGUUACUGAUACGACCAUACCAAAAAUUUGGUAAUAUAUUAGUUGAACUAUUAUAAUUUAGUGUUAAUUAUUAUGUAAAAUGUUUCGUCCUUUUAAUAUGUUUUUUAUGAACUAUGAUUACAAUGAAUUAGUUUUAGAUUGCGAGUUGAGUAAUUGAUGACAUUAACAUCAAAGUCACAUGCGACUUCACGUUUAAAGAAAUUGACCCUGACUUCCUUAUUUUAAUUGAUGAAAUUUAAUUUGCGUUUAAACACUUUUUAAACAAAAAUUUCAAAUUCAAUAGCACACUUGGUUCAUUUAGUCAAAAAAGGUCAUGUGGUAGAUACUUUUUCAAAAAUUAAUUGCUCGGUUUGGCAUUUUUUCAUAAAAAUUCUUUCAACAGUGUGAUGGUUAAAAUGGUUGCUUUUAUUUCACAAUUUCUACCAAAUACACGAACAAUUCAAUAAUAUGUUGUCCAUUUUCAAACUAUAGAUAAUUCCUGUGGAAAAUGAGAAAUUUGAACAUUACUUCGACAUUAAUGUUUUUUUAUUUAUUAAUUAUCAAAUAAUACACAGGAUAACUUAGUUUUUUACGUAAUAAAUAAAUUUCCUUCCAAAUUAAUAUUUGGCAUUGUCAUGCCAUAAACAUGGUCAAACACUGCUCUAUCUCAAGCAAUUUCAUUUUAAGAUUAGAUAAAACCAAUCUGUGGACUUUUUUGAUGUUUUCUGGAGUAGCCACCUCAAUUGGACGUCCAGAACGUUCAUCAUCGGUGACUGUACGACCACGUUUAAAUUUAACAAACCAGUAGCAUGGUUCUUUUCGAUGGAGUUGAGCUUAGAAAGUAUUUUUUUUUAUCAAGAAGCAAUGUUAAAUUAAACACGAAAUUGUUUUGAAAAUAACAAAAGUAGCUUCACUUAAAUGGCUCUCACUUCUUCCUGACCAAUUAAAAUCUCAUAAAAUUUUACACAUGGUCUUUUGAAAUUUGUACUUCAUAAACGUCAUAUGGAUUUGACAGUGUCAGUCACACGACUUAUUGAGUAUUGUAAUGUUGAUGCUUGUAAAUAUUGACACCAUUUGUAAUCGUUGAUAAAACAAAGUUAUGUAUAGUAGAUGUAUAUAAAAAAUCGUAGCUUCCAAAAAUGGCCAACAAUAUUAGUUAUUGAUAUUGUUAACAACGCUUUUCGAUUUUUGAUUGCCUAUUUAAAAUAAGGAAGAAGCGUGAUUCAAGUUCGAAUGAGAACUGUGGUUUUAAAACAUAAAGCUACUAUUGAGAUUAAGAAAUAAUAUCCUUUAUUUUUAGGAUUGUAUAGAUGUCAUUGGAUAGAUUUAAAAUAUAAAUUAACAAUGUGAAUUGUACCCAAUAAAAUAAUGAGUACAACUUUAUUCCAGAAUAUAUAUCUUAUGAUCAAAUGUUGAACUGCCUUUUAUAAUAUGUAUUUUAUGAUGUACCUACAUGAUCAUUUCUCCUUAUAUAUAGAAUAUCCAUUUUGAUGUUUAGUCUAUAACUAGCUUAUAAAGUUGAAUUGAAAAUUGGGAGUAUUUGGUAAUGGAAAUUAAUAACAAAAAUAAAUUUACUCUCUGCCUUUUGUAGUAUUCUACAAUGUUACUCAUUCUCCGUCCAGUUGUAUUAGAUAUAGCAUUUCCAUUUUGACAUUAUUAUUUUUACUUUGUAAUAAGACUAAAGGAAUUGUAAUAUAGUGCCUUUGUAAUUGAAACUCACUAAAUUAACGUUCAAAUAAUGUUUGUAAAUGUAAAUUAAUUGUAUUACUGUUUGAAAAUGUUAUUCGAUUUUAAUUUAAAGUUUAUAGAUUCAUCUAAAUGGAAAUUUCAACUAAGCACUAGUUUAAAUUUUUAAAACUUCAAGUGUGGCAAAAGUAUAGGUUUGUUAGUUCAUGUUUUUCCGAUAAAAUGUUUAAAAGGACAUCUACUAUCUCGACAUAUUCAAAUUCAAAUUUUUCAAUUCGCCCCCUCAUAAUUAAUAAACAAAGACAGGAAUCAUUCCUAUAAUUAUUUUUGUUUAAUUGAAAACCAAAAUAGAAUGAUAACAAAAACUGUGAAAUUUGAAAUCAAUUUAUAUCUAGUUUUAUUAGCUUGACGUGUUUGACGGUUGCAUUCAAAGCAUUGUUAUUGUAGAAAAAAAAUUGCUUUAUUCCUCGAAAACAUUUUUGGAAUCUCGUGUACUGUUCUCCUUUUGUCUUAAACAUUUCUCUUUCUAUACAAUGAAUGCUUCACAAACUAAAUUCAAUCCUCCCAUUGAAAAAACUUCUAUUGCUGUGUUUUCAUUGUUCACACGUUUCAGAAUUUCAUAUUGUAGUCUAUAAACUGUAAAUUAGAAUUGUAGUAUAUAAUUCACAUAUUAUUUUUAUAGAUAAUAUUUAAUUUUGAAUGUUUUAGUUGUUUACUUCAAGAAGAUUGUUAUAAUCAAAAAAAUAAAUUGUUUUGUUCCCACAAUUUAUGGAUUCAACGAGUUACUUCAUUUUUGUAUGGUUUUGAUUGUUAAUUAUCUUGUACUUUUGUAAAUAAAGUUUUUUACUGUCA